AGACCUAAGCCUUUUUCUUGUUGCUGUUCUUCACUCUUCAGACCAUAUCCACGGCUGUCGGCGCCACUCGUAGGCGUUAGCACAGUUCAACCUCCGGCUCCAGGGCAUUUUUUCCAUAAAAGAAAGAAACUGGUUCUAGGGCAGCCCAAACCUCAGGCAAGCACUGAUGGCAGUGGUUGAAGGUCUAGCUCCACUGGUAAUAGUGGGAGGUAAAGGCUCUUCUCUCACCUCGGCAUCAGUCUUUGCUGUCUCCAAUGGCCUCGCCCAGGUCCAAAUUGAUUCAUCAGCCCUCGAAAGGCUUUCUGAUCGUGGCCAGCUUCCACAGGCCAAGUUCAGGUUUUCCCUUCCUGACUAUCUAACUCUUGAAGAAACCCGUGCAUCUUUCUUAUUUCUAUUGAACAAGCUUGUCCUCUCGGGUGCCAAUGGUUGUAUUCGUCCUUACCUCCCGGAGCUGAUUGUUGAUUCUCUGAAUAAGUCGUCGUUUUCUCAACUUCUCGAGGAAGAUUCAAAGGAUGUUACAGCAUUAGAGCUCGUUGCUCUUGAGAAAUCGUUGUUCUCUCUUUACGGUUUAUGCGCCCUUCUUGACCACCAGUCUUCGACAUUGUUGACUAUUGCCGAUGCAACUGCUGCCCUUUCUUGUGAGGCAUCAGGUGCAAACACUUCAAUUUUCAGUAACUUAGACUCCGGUGAUGCGUCCUCAGUUAACAAAGACGAAGUUGGGGUGGCCAAUGAUCUUAAAAUCUUUCUGAAUGGGUCUAAGCUGUUGGGUAAGCAUCAAUAUGAUGUGGUUUCAGAAAUACCUGAGGUUCACGGUACGUUUAGGACGAUCAUUAGAUUUGUGCAUUCAAUGAUUCGUGUAGAAUUGAACUCUCCUGUCUUCAAAGGAGGCAAGGCAAUGGUGGCUGCUUUUUCACCCUUAGCCCAGUCCCUAUUGCAUUUGGGUAUGGGAAGCUGGAAUCGUGCUAAAAUCAAUAUAGAUGUAAUGGCUAAUGCUGAUUUUAAGUUAACUUUGACGCAUUUGUUUGAGAAGGAUUGCCCUGAGAUUGAUAGUUUGAGGAAUUCUCUUGUGCUGUCCUCCAAAGCUGGAUUAGAAGAGGACUAUGUUAAAUUUUUCCAUGAGUUGGGCACUUUGUUACAGAUGGUGAAAACAACAGUUUCAUGGGAAACAACAACGGCUUUUCUUGUGCUCGAGGGUAAUGAAUUGACACAGAAAUCUCCAAGUGCUGGAACAGAUGUAAAUGGAGGAAAAGUGAAAGCUGAGAAGAGAGGUGACAAGAAGAAGAAGGUUCUUGGGAAAGGAACUACUGCGUUGGUGCAGUUUCUUAAGGAAAGUAUCCUUGAUGUUGUAGAUGAGACAGCUAGCCCUUUGCUUGUAUUGGAGAAGUUGGUUAAAUCUCUCAUUUCACUGUUCGACCCAAAAGAUUCUGGAUUUUACAGUGUUUUGAAGAAACUGAAGGAAAUUGUGGAAUGUAAUGAGACCAGAAGACUUCCUAAGCUCCCUAAGGGGACACGUGACUUUGCAAAAGAACAGAUGGCAAUUCGUGAGAAAGCAUUCUCAGUUAUAGUGGAUGUUUUCAAGAGGCAUGGUGCCACAUCACUUGAUACUCCUGCCUUUGAAUUGAGAGAAACUCUAAUGGGGAAGUAUGGAGAGGAUUCAAAGUUGGUUUAUGACCUUGCUGACCAGGGUGGAGAACUUUGUUCUUUGAGGUAUGACUUAACAGUACCGUUUGCUAGAUAUGUUGCCAUGAAUGGUAUUACAUCAUUUAAACGAUACCAGAUAGCGAAAGUUUACAGAAGGGAUAAUCCAUCCAAGGGUAGAUAUCGCGAAUUCUAUCAGUGCGAUUUUGACAUUGCUGGUCAAUAUGAAACAAUGGGUCCAGACUUUGAAGUUAUAAAAGUAAUGACUGAACUUCUGGAUGACCUAAAUAUAGGAGAGUAUGAGAUAAAGUUGAAUCAUCGUAAGUUGCUAGAUGGCAUGCUGGACAUAUGUGGGGUUCCUCAAGGAAAAUUCAGGACUAUUUGUUCAAGUAUUGACAAGUUAGAUAAGCAGACUUUUCUGCAGAUAAAGAAAGAAAUGGUGGAAGAGAAGGGCUUAACUGAUGAGACUGCUGACAUGAUUGGCACUUUUGUAAAGGAAAGGGGGUCCCCUUUGGAACUCUUAUCUAAACUUAAACAGGAAAGCAGCAAGUUUAUGGAACAUGAAGGAUCUCGUGUUGCAUUGAACGAAUUGGAGAUCUUGUUUAAAGCACUGGACAAGUCAAAGUGCAUUAACAAGGUAGUUUUCGAUUUGAGUCUUGCUAGAGGCCUCGACUAUUACACUGGGGUCAUAUUUGAAGCUGUUUUUAAAGGAGAGACACAGGUUGGAUCAAUUGCUGCUGGUGGACGAUAUGAUAAUCUGAUAGGGAUGUUUGGUAACAAACAGGUUCCUGCUGUUGGCAUCAGCCUAGGAAUUGAGCGAGUUUUUACCAUAAUGGAGCAGCUCCAGAAAGACCAAAACCAGACAACACGAGCUACUGAAACUCAGGUCCUUGUUUCUAUAAUUGGGGAUGAUUUAUCACUUGCGGCAGAAAUAACUAGUGAAUUGUGGGGUGCAAGAAUAAAAGCAGAGUAUCUGGUGAAUAAACGAGUAACGAAGCACUUUGAUAAAGCAAAGGAUUCGAAGAUCCCUUGGAUGGUGAUAGUGGGAGAACGUGAAAUUACAGAAGGAGUUGUCAAGUUGAAAGACAUUGAGGCCGCUAAAGAAGAUGUUAUCCCCAGAAGUAAACUCGUCGAAGAGCUUUCCAAACGAUUGAACAUUGUUUAAUCGCAGUUUUCCAGAUUUUGCAAAUUAAAGGUUUCUAGUUUGGUUUACCUUACAAAGAAUAUUGUAACACACUUGAAUGUGUAUUUAACAUGGUUUGUUGAAUUACUUAAUUGUAAUUUCUUCCCUAUAUAAGGGGUGGCUAAAGAUUGAACAAAUUUGUUGUUUUCUUAGAGAAAGGAAACUAUUACUAUUAUCCCC